UCCUCCACGAAAAAAAAUAAAAUGUCCCCCAACUUGCAGAAACCAUCACACAAUGUGUGAGCUGAACUAUUCAUGUGUGAAGGCCGACGCUGGCUCAACCGUGUCCGCGUCAUUUAUAGGUUCAACAAACUACACUGAAAAGUACAACGUACCAGAUCCAGUGCCCCAGUUUCACCUGUCUGUGGCCCCGGGCUCCAGGAAGGUCAAUGUGACCCUGGCCCCGGGGCCCUCAGUGUACACCAUACUCUGCUACCGCAAUGAAAACUUGUGCAAAGCCAUAUCCAAACGCAUAACUAUUGAUCCUUCAAAAUCUCUGUCUGCGACUCUGAAUGUGUCGUACUUGCUGCCCUGUGUCUGUGUACAGGUGUAUUACACACACUCUGAUGCCAAGCGAGUCAUGGAGUGUCCUUUUGCAAACAUCUCUCUGGAAGCAGCGAGAGAUGUUUGGCUCUCUAGUGAAUUCAAACUGUACACGGACCACAUCGCCUGGACUUCGCGGUGCUCUUCUCGCUACCUGAAGCCCUCUGCCGCCCUCUGCUGGAGAAACGACACAGGCCUCUGCACGCCCAUACUGAACUCAAGGCUGGCGAUGAUUAAUAGCUCAAGUCUUUUGUACAACAUAUCAACUUUGGACAAGCACUCACAAAUGUGUCUACAGUUCUCUAUAAAAAACAACCGUCACGUCCAUUGUCCCUUCAAAUCGGAUAAGAGCGAAUGGGAGGCCCGUGUUGGCCCUGGUGGGAGGAGCAUGUCGGUCCACCUCACCUCUGACGCCUCAGCUAAUUUCUCCGCUCAGCUCUGUAUCCUGCAGCACAGCGGCUGUCACUCCGUAGGAGACCCUUACUCAGGGACAACGGAUGGGAGCAAGGGUGACUUGCAGUUAAAUGUACCUGUUCAUACCAUCACUGAGAGGCCGUGUGUGCAGGUGUGGCAGUCUGCACCGGCUCGACUUGGGAAGAGAAUCUUGUGCCCUGAAUACACACACCGGAGGAGUGGCGUGCUGGUGGCGGCAGCCCUGCUGGUCGGAGCGCUGUUGUUGCUGCUGGCUUUUGUUGUGUAUAAGGUGACCAAGAGCGGAACAACAGGUUGGCUGUCGAUCCACAAGCCUGUUCUGCUGGUGUGCUCUUCAGGACAGCCCGCCCACGUCUCGGCCGCCUGCGCCUUGGCCUCCAUCCUGCAGGGGGAGCUGUGUGCCGCCGUGCGCAUGGCCCUUUGGAGCCAGAGUUCAGACAGGCAGGCUGGCGCCGGAGCUGGCGGCGGGGUGGCUGACCUGGGCCCGCUCCCCUGGCUCUACGGAGAGUGGGACGCAGUGCAACAGGCCCAGGGCAAGCUGCUGGUCGUCUGGAGCCCCGAGGCCAAGCGUGUCUUUGAGGGAACAACAGAGCAGGAGACUCAGACGGAGAGGAGGCAACGAGAAGGAACCCGCAAGGUAGAGGCAAAGAGGGGGAAAGCGACGGACGCCUUGGACGGGGAGGAAGGCUGGAGAACGAUAGCAAGGACGUUAACGUACGGGACGGAGAAGGACGCCCUGUUGGAGGGCGAUGAUCCUUCGGACGUUUCGAGCGAGGGCUCUUCGAUCACGGGGCCGGUGUUGAGGGCCACCCUGGCCCGCCUGAAGGGGGUGCUGCGGGAGCCGGGAAGGAGCCACCCCGUGGUGCUCAUCUCCUUGCGCGGUCUCAACCACAACAGAGACAUCCCCGACGAGCUCCGAGGGGUCCCGCGAUACAGCCUCCCGGGGGACUUCCGGGGCCUGAUCCAGGAACUAGGGGGCAUCGUGUCGGGACCCAACUGGGAGGAGUUAGGGUGCGACUGCUGGCCCAGACUGCGCUCCAAAGUACUGUUGCUGUGGUUGGCACGACGACUGUCCCACCAACUGAAAACGUGGCUGCCAUAGUCCCAGAUAAUUACGAGGACUCGACGAAUGAGCCGUCAAAUCUGGAGAUAAUUUGAUGAAAAGGAAUAUUGGCUCCAUGUUGGGACAGGUCAAGAUUCCUGACCAUUGUGUUGGCUGUGCGCCAAAACAGGGAAUAGGAGCAAACAAAUGCAUGUGGUGAAGGGUCACCCCGGGGCAUACCAGGCAUGCAACGUCUCUAGUUCUAGCACUGUGACAGCACCAAACUGCUCCAGCGUGUAACACAAGCCAGUCCUCCAAAGAGAUGCUGUUAAACCACGACCAGCGCCGCUUACAACCACCCACUCAAAGAGCUAUUCAUCACAAUCUGCCACUGGUGGUGACAUCUAAACACCUGUUUUGCCUUUUUUUUUUUUUUUACAUAAGUAAAUAUGUGGUUAUUUGCCUAGCAAAUAGACAUUGACAAUGCCUAGAACAGUACACUAUGUCUUACUCAACAUUUGAGAGGCUUUUUGGGUGGGUAGAACGCUCACAUCCAUCAAUCCAUCAAUGCCACAUGAUGUGCGUGAAGUCUGAUGCCUUUGUUUCAACGUUGAUCUGAAAAAGAGAAUAGAAUCCGAAAGAAAUUCAGGCAGCUUGCCUGUGUAAAUAAGCUUCAUGCUUAUUUAACUACUGUGGGAGUGUGUGUGUAUGUUGGCAGGUUUAGGCGGCCUCACCCGGCUGAGUCUGAAUGGACUGGGUGAGAGUGCCCACCUGUUGCACAUUCAGUGACUUACUGUUCACAGGUUAAACCAGCCGUCUCCAAACGAACACUCUCAAACUAACAGAUCUCCUGCUUGGCAGACAUGUUUAUUUGCUUACCACCUCUACUACAAACCGGAUUCAACAUCACCCCUGUGGCUUGUUUUUGGAGGAGCCCAGAAGAGCCACCUGGGUGGAGCGUGGCGGCCGCCUGGGUGGAGUGUGGCAUUGACCUGGUCCCCGACGUUGCGCCUCUCCAGACUUUUAAGGACACGGAGGGGCUGCCUGAGGACGCCAUGGCGCCCAGCAGUGCUGACGGACCGCCACCACCCAGCACCAGGCCUUUCUCCAACAGUGUGUCGGAACCCAUCAGAGGACAGGGAGGGACAGGGCCACCGUCAGCAGCUACUCCCCCCUGCAGCAGCCCGGGCCCAGAGGCCCCUCGGCCAGCCAGCACAGGAGCCAAAGGCCCCAUGCUCCACGAGGGAGAUGGGGGGGGGGGAUAGCCCUGUCGCCCUGGGGGAGGGUGGCCUCCCCGUAGGCAGUUCCGGGUACUGCCCUGGCCAGGCGAUUGGCCCUCUCCCCAAGCCCAUCCAGACAGCCCAGCUACCGAUACCUCAGCCAGGAAAGGCAGCAACCCAGGCCUCCGGUCUCCAGGAUGGAGGGGGAGCGGGAGGGUGGGUUGGCGGGUCACCCUGGAGAUGGGUCGGGACAAUGUCUUUUUAGGUAUGGUAACCCUGUGGUAGAGUCCAGUUUAUGUACUUAUUUGUUUUUGGAGUAGGCUACAGCUGGGGCUUAUCACCAGCCUCAAAUUGGUGCUGCGGGUAUGUGGGAGUGUGUGUGGAUGAUGGCUGGUUUAGGCAGCCUCACCUGGCUGACUCUGAUUGGACUCUGGGGCUGGGUGAGGCUGUACAUCAGAUGCACAUUGAGUGUCGGCCUUCACAGGUUGAACCAGUCGUCUCCACACACACUCGGGGAGGGAUCUUCUGCGUGGCAGUAGAGCACCGUCGGCAUGUUUACAAUCAACCAGAUUCAACAACACCACCCUGCGUCUUUUGUCUGGAGGAGCCCAGAAAAGGUGGCAUGUAGCAUUGGUUUCUAAUAAAUAAAAUGAUGCCAAGACA